AUGAGUUUCCGAUUCCCUUAUCACGAAACGCCGUCAGAGGGCAGCUUCAACCGCGAAUUUAACGACGCGGAGAAGGGCCAGCACGAUACCUCGGGAAUGGCACUUGCACCACUGAGUAAGGUCUAUGCAUCCGACAAAGCGAAUAGCCACCUUACUGCUUUCCCUCCAACUCAUGACGGUAACAUGUCGUCCGCCACCCAAUCGACCUCGUCUUUUCACAACUAUAGCAAAUCAGACUCUUCAUUGCCGAUUCUCCCCAAGAAAAAGAUCACGCCGCCGCCAAAGAAGCAGGAACCUAAGAAAAGUACCCUGUUCGUACUGUGGUUCAAUACCUAUAAGCGGCUCUUCGUUUUUGUCGUCACCCUCAACCUUGUUGCCAUAAUCCUUACUAGCGUCGGACAGUUCCAAUAUGCGCAGGAUAAUCUUGGUUCUAUGGUUCUGGGAAACCUGCUCUUUGCUAUCUUGAUGCGCAACGAGUUGUUCUUUCGGAUCCUGUAUAUGGUCUUGAUCUAUGGACUGAGAAGUUGGGCGCCGUUGAGAAUGAAGUUGAUGGCAGCUUCAUUUCUGCAGCAUGUUGGAGGAGUGCAUUCGGGUUGUGCUAUCUCUGGCACUGCUUGGCUCGUUUAUUACAUUGUGCAGAUUCUCAGUCACCGUAGUAUCCGUGAGCCUGCUGUACUCAUAAGUGGGAUCGUCACCGUGGUAUUCAUCAUAACAUCCGUAGUUAGUGCAUUGCCAUGGGUCAGAAAUAACCACCACAAUAUCUUUGAGCGAUACCACCGAUUCGCAGGCUGGUUGGGUUUGGCUGCUACAUGGUCUUUCGUCGUGUUGAGCAACUCUUACGAUGCCACUAGCGGCGAAGAUAAUUCCAGAGCACAGUCCUUGAUCACAACAGAAAACAUCUGGUUCACCAUUUUCAUGACAAUCUUGAUCGCUCUCCCGUGGGUCACAGUCCGAAAGGUCCCCGUUGAGGUAGAAAUACCUUCAUCCAAGGUCGCCGUCCUCCGGUUCGACAGGGGAAUGCGACAAGGUCUCCUGGGACGAAUCGGCCGAUCAGCCUUGAUGGAGUAUCACGCCUUCGGUAUUAUCAGCGAAGGACGCCAUUCCCCUUAUCAUUAUAUGGUUUGCGGUGUCCAGGGUGAUUUCACCAAGAGCCUUGUUGCGAACCCGCCUACAAAGAUAUGGACAAGAGAAUUGAAGUUUGCUGGAAUCGGACACGCUUCUGCAAUGUUCAAAAGGGGUAUUCGCGUCUGCACCGGAACAGGGAUUGGUGCUGCUCUGUCAACAUGUAUCCAGAGCAAAAACUGGUUCCUCAUCUGGAUAGGCUCUGACCAGCUAAACACCUUUGGAACCACGAUCUCACGUCUUAUCCACGACAAUAUCGAGCCCGAUCGAAUGAUACUAUGGGACACCAAAGAACGCGGCGGUCGACCAGAUACAAUGCAGCUCCUGAGAGAUACCUGGAACAGUUUCGGUGCAGAGGUCAUCUUCAUCACGUCCAACAUGAAGGGGAAUGAUGAAAUGAUGCAAGGAUGCAGUGCAGAGGGAAUGCACGCUUUCGGUACACUCUGGGACUUCUGA